AGUAGUAAUUAAGGGAAAAUUUGUUUGCAUAUUCACCGCCCUCUGGUGGUGAAUAUGUAAACUUCACCCCUGUUUUCCAAAGCCUCAACAGCACCGCUGCACUGAAACACAGCAGGAAAAAGAAGAGUAAGAAGAAAAGAGCAUCAGAAUGUCUCUGACGAUCAGCAGGGCCGAGGGGGUGACGAUGUACACUAUACACUCUAACAGCAGGAGUAAAUGGCCGCUCAUCUGCCAGCUUCUGGGCACCAUGUGCUACAGCCCCGUGUGCUCGGUUUCUACGAGACUGAAACAGCAGCUUGGCUGCACUUUCACAGUUCUAGCGACUAUACAGAUCAUGGUUGGAAUAAUAAAUCUUGGCUAUGGGGCUUUGACUCCAUUGAAUUACAGUCGCUAUAUUAUGGAGUCUGCUCCCUUUUGGCUAGGAGGCAUAGUUUAUCGCGUUGGAAUCAUGUGUAUCCUAGCUCAACGUUUUCCAAGCCAAUGUCUGGUUGUCCUUACUGUGAUGAUGAAUAUAGUGAGCUCUGCAUUAGCUAUAACAGCCAUCGUGCUUUAUUCAGUGCAUCUCGGGGAGAACAACUACUGGAACAUGUGUAAUGUUCCUGAACGCCAGAAUAACUAUCGGUAUUACUGGACAACUGCGUCGCCCUCGAAAAGAGCGGAGUGGGAUGCAGCCUAUGAGCUAAAACUCAAAGACUACACGGCGUGUCUGGAAAACUGGAACAUUUCGAUUACCAUCUUCAAAAGCUUGGACGUUAUGAUGAUUGUGCUCGGUGUUCUCCAGCUCUGCGUCACUAUCAGUUGGUGUGUUCUAAACAUAAAGGCGUUGUGCAAGAAAAAAGCAGAUGGCCAGGAGGUGGAGGAUCCAGAACUUUGCAAACCUCUGAUGGAGCAAGAGACUCCCAAUCCUGUGUGUUAGAUGCACCAAAGGAACUAAAGUCGGAGUAGUUACUAUCUGUCACUUUACUCUUUAUCAAAUUUAAAAAUAAGUAUCAUGCAUGGUUAGUAAAAUCUGAGUUCAUCUGUAUGACAUUUACUACAUAUAUUUACACUGCAUAUUUUUUGUACUACUAAAUCUUUACAAAAUUAUUUUCACUUUUUGUUACUUUAUAUGCUUGAUUUAUUGGAAAUAAAUAUAUUCAGCACA